AGGUUCUCUUUUAACCAAGACAGGGCUGUAGCCGUAGAUUUACCCGCAAGCGUGUAAUACAUAUAUAAGUAUAGAAACACGUAUUGCGUGGUAACUGUCACAUAAUAGAGAGGCGGUUAUUUUGAUAGGUUUUGUGUAUUUUCCUUUUGCUCAAGUGAUGACAUUUUGGCUUUGAGAUGUGAUGAAAUCUACAUUUCCUACUUCCGGUUCUUCAAAUGUAUUUCCUGCACAGGGGGGUAAUAUCUCGAAUACGGACGUCUCCUCGUCCAAGAAACCGACAUUUGGAUUUGGAUCGCUAGCCGGAACAGACAGAUCGUUUGCUUCGACCUCGACACCGGGAACUACAUAUCAGCAGGGAUCUAUGAUGGGCACAUCAUCUUCCUUUCUGGGGCAGUCGCCUGCUGCGCCCGGACCUACUUUUUCUCAAUUACCAACUCAGACGAGUAUGCCAGGAUUCGGGGCGCCGUCCAGUACGCUCUCUAGCUCAACGCCUAACUCCCUUCCUCAGCCAGGACAACCUCCUAAUCAACCCCCGUCAAUGAUGACUCUGAACUCACUUCAGCAACGCAUUCAGCAGAUUUCCAUGAUCAUCAAUCCGAAGAGUCCCUAUUGCUCAUUUCGGCACUUCUUUUACAACUGCGUCAAUCCAGCUGAGAUUCAUUACUAUCAGCGACCUCCGGACUUCGACGCCUACCUCUGGGAUCAAGCCAUGCGACAAAACCCAUACCCAGGAUAUAUGAUCCCCCAUCAAGUAAGCGGUUUCAAAGAACUCAAGCAGCGCAUAGAAGCUCAGGAUAAGGAAACCGAAGCUCAGCUGGAACGUCUGGCAGAGGUAGAAUCCUUUGUAGCCUCUGUCGUCCAAAAACAUUCUCUAGAUACCGCUGUCCGUCUAGAUGAACUCAAACGCGAGUCCAUGCUUCUAGGACACCGCCUAUUAACUGUCUCCACAAAAAUCGAAGUCCUAAAGGCCCAUGGUCUAGCUAUACAGCCAGACGAAGACCUCUGGAGACAAAAACUUCACAAUCACUACCUCGAACUGCAAAAACCAAACAAAUUUCAUGGACGACUCAACGAACUGGCACUCCGUGUCCGCAUGCGACAAGCUCAAGAGGGAAGAACCUCUCUGCAAAUGGGAACUCCCGCCGAAUCCCUAAGCACCUCCGAACUCAACCAAAUCUCAGCUUUUCUUGCGCAACAACAAGUUGGAUUAGAACACUUAAUCAAUGUUCUCCGAACUCACCAAAAAAAUAUGCAAACUGUCAUCGAACACCUCGACCAAAUAAAAACAGAACGAUAAAACAUUCUCUAACUUUUUUAAAUAUCCUCCUCUGUCCAUGUUAUCUCACUCUCUAUCACCUUCUCACUACCGCACCCGAAUAAAAAGCUCUUUUCUUAUCCUCCAAAAAACCCCAAGUUCUUCUCUUUCCAAUGUUCUAUGAUAUAUACAUAUAUCGUAGUCCCCUCUUUUCCUCGCCUAACUCAAUCCCCAUCCUAACCUACCCCUCACUCACUUCACAUACUAUUCGCAGUCAUUUUUAUCUUCCUCAAAUAUCACUCGGCCUCUUUUAACAAAGUACUAAAAAAACACCUGCGGCUCUCUUCUUUCUUCUACUGCACCACAUUAUCAUCCCUGUUUUUGUCCAUUCCAAGUCAUUCCCUCUCUCAAAUACAUAACCUAUGUUUUUCUCUCCUCCCAAACCUAGAACAACGUAAACCUCCUCUCUUGCAACUCUUUACUCAAACUCUUCAAUGCCUCCUCUCCUGACGACUCUAAAUCCCAUGGUAACUCCAAUAAAUAAUCUAUCACUUCCUUCUCUCGCGCCCCUCUUUCAAACGAUAAUAGAGGCCUCAGACAACUCAAUGUUGUUCCAUCUCCACGAUUUCAUAGCUCAAAUCUUCUAUCUCUUGGUCGUAUUGCAUCUUCUGGUUGCUACUCCUCAGCAUGCAGGAAAAUAAAAAACUAAAGCAAAACACCAACACCAAAGAAUCUCUUAUCACUCUGAUUUUAUCGGAUGACUGCUUCGAAGGAUUCUGUAUAAGCUUAUCUGGAAGUGAACGCCGAAGCUGAGAUACUCUAGUGGCAAAAUUCAAUGAUGCCAUUUUCUCAUCAACUUUCUUAUCAGAAAACGUAAAUGACGCAUCUUUAUCAGAAUGGGUAGAGUCCUUCUCCUUACCUUGUUCUGUACUGAGAAAGUCACGGUUCAGAAAUGGUUUGUAUUUAUUUAAAUCAUCGAACAUAUCGAAAUUCGUAUUGCCUGGAGAAGAGGCAUGCUUAGACGACUUUGAAGCCAAAUCAGAACCAUCGGUGCAUUUUUCAGCAUAAGCGCGUGACAAAUGAUAUCUCCUAGUAUGACUAUGACCUAUUCGAUUAUUAAAGGGCGAA